GCCAAAUUCCGAGAGCCCCGUGUGGAGCAGGACCUGCUGUGGGAGCUCUGCGCUCCGACUUGGCUGGUCCGCACACUCCCCCUCGGGCCAUGCCUGGCAGACUCUGAAGGGGCACAGACCCGGCUCUGGGAACUCCAGGCGCUGUGGCCGCGGCCAUGGGCAGCUUUCAGCUGGAAGACUUUGUGGCCGGCUGGAUUGGAGGUGCAGCCAGUGUCAUUGUCGGCCACCCUCUGGACACAGUCAAGGCUCGCCUGCAGGCUGGCACCGGCUACGGGAACACCCUCAGCUGCAUCCGCACGGUGUACAGGAGGGAGAGCGUGUUCGCCUUCUUCAAGGGCAUGUCCUUUCCCCUCGCCAGCAUCGCUGUCUACAACUCAGUGGUGUUUGGGGUCUUCAGCAACACGCAGAGGUUCCUCAGCCGCUACCGGUGCCCGGAGGCGGAGGCUGGCCCGCCUCACAUGCUGUCUGACCUGCUCCUGGCCAGCAUGGUGGCCGGCGUUGUCUCCGUGGGGCUGGGCGCGCCCGUGGACCUCAUCAAGAUCCGGCUGCAGAUGCAGACCCAGCCACUUCAGGAAGCCAACCUCGGGUUGAAGCCCAGGGCGGCAGCUCUUGGGGAGCAGCCAGCCUACCAGGGGCCUGUGCAUUGCAUCGCAACCAUCGUGCGGACUGAAGGCCUGGCAGGGCUGUACCGGGGCGCCAGUGCCAUGCUGCUGAGGGACGUCCCAGGCUACUGCCUCUACUUCAUCCCCUAUGUGUUUCUGAGUGACUGGAUCACACCCGAGGCCCACGCAGGCCCCAGCCCCUGCGCUGUGUGGCUGGCGGGUGGCAUGGCAGGAGCAAUUUCUUGGGGGACGGCAACACCUAUGGAUGUUGUGAAGAGUCGAAUGCAAGCUGAUGGGGUUUACGUAAACAAAUACAAAGGUGUCCUGGACUGUAUCUCCCAGAGUUACCAGAAGGAAGGUCUUAAAGGCCAGCAUCACCUGUUCAGGGCCUCAUUCUGCUACAACUGAUGCUACGGGCAGUGUCUCCAGAUCAUGCGGUAGUGAAUUUACCAAAGGGAAAGAAAGCCUCCCUGCCCACCUCUGAGCCAAUGGUACUCACCUUGGAAUCCAUUCUUUCCCAAUUGCAAGCACUCUGUUCCUCACCGCCGGGCUGGGGCCGCUGCGCUGCUACCUUGGAAGGACCAUCAAUUCAGCAGCAUUUAUGUCAGGUCCUCACUGGCACCUGGAAUCAGGAUAAAAUAGACCCCACCCCCACGACUGCUGUAAACUCACUGGCAAUUCAUGGAGGAGCUGGUGUUGUCUCCAGGUUUCCAAAUAAAAACGUUUCUGUA